AUGACGUCUAGCACUAUUGCCGAGAUCAAGAGGCACGAUAUUGAGGAUUCUAGCACUUGCACCACUGCAUCAAUUACCAAUGUCAGACAUCUAUCGUCCUACAACUGGAUUGAAAGGCCUACUGCCACAAUCGCCGUCCCAGGGAGCCCACCUCUCUGGUCAGCCCCCAAGACCUCAAAGCAGCUCCAAAAGGAUUCGGGCUUAUAUUACAUAAACCAAAAUGAAGCUCGCUAUCCAGAGAGUCCACUAGAGCCGCUAUUCCGCGCUUUAUACUUUACACAACCUGCUUUCGAUAUCCGCCCUGUUGACGUUGUAACCGAUCGAAACAACAUUCGCAAGCUACUGGCUUUCAUCAAUUCUGACUUGGCCCCUGGCGAUCUUGAGCCAUUUACCAUAGCGGUAGAGAUCAUCGGGACGACCGCGUUGUUUCGCCGAGAUGAGACAGCAGUUACUAGGUUUAUUGCGCCAAAUGAAUUUCGUGGCUUUGGCCAUAAAUUCGAAGAAGAAUACACCGUCAAGCAGGUCAAUGAUAGCACUGGUCAUCAUAGGAUCAUCGCAUAUAGAUUUUGUGGCCUAGAACUUGUUGUACGCUACGAAGCCGACGGAUACGUGGCCACCGAUAAGAUCAAGGGGCCAAAAGACGACCCUCUGCUCGCCAGUAUGAGAGGUUUGUCCAUAUCGCCAGCCACCAGCGCCUCAAGCGUCAAUCCUAUCCAAUCGAAAUUGGUCAUCACGGAAGAAGGUCGAAUAGUGCCUCCCGAGUCAAUCCUUGAAAUUAAAACUCGAGCCACUAGCAGACACUUGCCUUUACCGGAAGUCGCAGCACAGCUCUGGGUGUCCCAAACUUCAAAGCUCGUGCGAGCAUAUCAUUAUCGAGGGAAGUUUGAAGUACCACAAGUUGAGGACGUGGAAGCCCAGGUUAAGAGAUGGGAAGAGCUUAACCAGAGUGAUCUGAAGCGUUUAGCGUCACUAAUUAAAGCAAUCUCCACCUUGACCAGGCAAAAUGGGGGGAAAGCUACUGUUAAAUAUGAAGGCGGAAGCAAAUUGUCACUUUACCGGUCUGAAAAGGAAGAUAUGCUGCCUCAGUUCCUAUAUUCCAAAUGGGAAGAAAGAGGCAAUACACAGCCGAAGAUGAAAGCGACCGCACAGGACGAGGCAGUGGUGUCCGACAUGCUCGACCGGAGUCAGGAAAAGACCAUUGAGACGACGAGGGCAAAGUACGGCGAUGUACCUUACUCCGAAAUGAUCGGCUACGGGGUAGAUAAGGGAUUUCGACAGUUCUUUCGCCGCAUGCCCAUGGAGCUCUCCCAGUUUCAUCUUCUUUGCGACACUCUUGAUUCUCUUGCUAUUGAUGUCACUGAAGGCCGCACCAUUCGUGACAUUAUGUACGACAUGAGGAAGGGUAAGGACGAUUGGGACCCAGACGAGAGAAGAGAGAUCAGAGGACUUAAGAAUAUCGCACGAGACUCAGCCUUUCGACUUUUGUACGUGCUUAUACAAUCAGACGCUGUGGACACUAACAUGGCGUACAAUGCGGUAUCAUUUGUGGUUUCACACCGUCGAAUAUUUAGAUCUAGAACUCGAAAGAUGGUGAGGGAGGCUUUGGAAGAAAAUUGUCCAGUGUCAGCAAAGCAGCGAGCGGUUCUGGAUAAGUGGCCUAUCGAAGAUUUAUCUUCUACAAGAUCAGAAGAAGACGUGACGACAGAGUCUGAAGAUAUUUUGUUCGACUCUGACUAUUCAUUCUGA